GUGCUGUGUCUGCACAAUCCUUCCAGCGCCUGGGAACCUGCCCUACGCUUGGAUGCGUCUUCCCGCCGGACCAGUAAGCAAUUGUAUCUGCCGAAGCUCAACAGGAGCACCCACUGAUCGAUGCAUGAUAGAGCCGACUUCCUCGCCGGCCAGUACUUCGACAUCCGUCUAGAGGUCCACGCCCCACAGAACGGCUCUGAAGCGAUCGGUUUACCGUUAGACGAGGCCUUCACAUUUACCAUCGCCAAGGGAGAUGGCGAGGCUAAGCCUGUGACCGAGUUCUUCGGCAUCGAGGAGGCGGAGCUUGAAAAGUGGAACUUCACUUGGUACGAGGACCUCUUUGCCCGCGAUGCGAAGAAGCCUUCGGUCGUGGACGUGGCUGCUAAGGCCUACCGAAGACUUGCUCUCUACGAGCCGGGCGAGUACACCGCAACGCUGCACUACAACAAUGGUAGCGCUACCACCGCAAACUGGUUCGUCCGCGACCUAGCCGAAGAGCGCAAGGCGAAGAACAUCAUCCUCUUCAUUGGAGACGGCAUGACCACCAACAUGAUCACGGCAGCCCGCUUGAUCGCUCACAAGACCAUCAACGGAAAGUAUCAGAGUCUAAUGCAGAUGGACAAAUUCCCGGUUCUUGGACAUCAGAUGACGCAUUCGAUCGACUCGUUUAUUACCGACUCUGCAAAUUCUGCUUCCGCACUGUAUACCGGCCACAAGAGCAGUGUGAACUGCUUGGGUGUAUACGCCGACUCUAGCAAGGACCCCUUCGACGAUCCCAAGGUUGAAACCAUUGCCGAGAUUUUCCACCGACUCACCGGUGGACACGUCGGCAUCGUCUCGACCGCCUACAUCGCCGACGCCACGCCUGCUGCUCUUACAGCCCACACCCGUGCACGAAGCGAAUACGGCGCCGUCGUUGACUCCUUCCUCAACGGCAUUACCAACUAUACUUGGACCAAGUGGGACGGCCCGGAUGUUCUCUUUGGCGGAGGCGCCGAGCAAUUCUACUCUCCCGAGCUAGGCGGCGAGACGUACCAGGAGAAGGACUACUACGCCGAGUUUGCUAAGAAGGACUACAACGUCCUCUGGAACCGGACUGCCCUUCUGGCUGCCCCCUCAGACGAGAGGGCACUCGGGAUCUUCACCGUUUCGAACAUGGCUAAGUGGCUCGACCGCAACGUCUACCGCAGCAACCUCAACCAAUCGCUCCACCCCUCCGGCGACGAGUCCCCCGCGCUCGAUCAGCCAGGCCUCAAGGAAAUGACCCUUAAGGCUAUCGAUAUUCUACAGGCACGCUCGGGAGACAAGGGUUUCUUCCUCAUGAGCGAAGCCGCCUCUAUCGAUAAGAUGAUGCACGUCCUUGACUACGACCGCGCACUUGGCGAGCUUCUGGAGCUUGACGACACCAUCAAGGCUACCGUACAGAAGCUUAACGAAACCGGCUGCCUCAAAGAGACCCUCAUCCUGGUCACGGCUGACCACGGGCACGGCUUCGAUGUCAUGGGCUCCGUGGAUACGACGUAUCUCAUGGCGCAGAACACGGACCGCAAGAAGCGCGACGCAGUUGGCACGUAUCAGAACUCAGGUCUCUCACAAUACAUCAACACCGGUAACCUUACAUAUACCGACAGCAACUUCCCCUCUAACUGGGAUCCCCGCUACACGCUCUUCCAGGGUCUAAUGGCCGACCCCGACCGCCGCGAGACGUGGUCUGUUCGCAAAGACGGACCUCGCGAGCCCGCUGUCGAGCUCGAGGAGGAUUCCGAGGACUUCUACGCCAACCCUGAAGAUGGCGAGGGCGGCAUUCUGCUGAAUGGCACGCUUCCCGUCGAGAACGACCAGGGCGUGCAUUCGCUCACCGACGUGCCUGUCUUCGCCAUGGGGCCGUGUCAGGAGAAGUUUAUGGGCGUGUUCAACAGCAUUGAUAUCUUCUUCAGCAUGGCGGAGUGCUUUGGGCUGGCGAGGGGGACGCCUUCGUAGUGGAGGGUUGACUUGAUGAGCGAUGAUACAUGAUGAGGUGAGAAUGUAUAUACACGUAGAUAGUUAUCCGGAUAUGAAUGGUUAGUGGUACUGCAUCUCACAAGUGGAGAGAAGAGCGCGUGGUUGAAGAAAAUGGACAGUAUGACCCGACUAUAUUCUCGGACACGCCUAGGUCCCAGGGCCAAUCCAGCCC